AUGGCGGACCAAUUUGGCUUUCAACCGCUUUGCAAUAAACCAGCAGAGUCCCAGUGCAAUUACUACAUUUCUCAUGACUUACACCUUGGAGCUCACGUGACUUCAUCAAAUAAUGAGCGCCCAGUUGAGAAAAUCCUUGAGAACUUAAAUAUUGAAGUAGCUCUGGGAGAUAGUUUUGAAGAAGUCCAUAAAAUAUCAAACCCUAUUAUGGAUGCUACUCUUGACAAAAUAUAUGAGCAAAUAUCUAUAAUCAAUAUAUUAAAAACUGAAUUAUCAAAUAGGAAUUUAGAGAAUAGCUAUUGUGGUAAGUUGCUUAAAAAAUGGCUGAAUUCAAUUCAGGAAUACAAUGAAGUUUUUGAUAUAAUUAAAACUGGCAUAGAAAAUGCUAUGUCAAUUGACGAACUUCCUUUAUCCUUAAUGGAAAUUAUGCUACUUAUAGAAAAUGCUGAAAAUGAAAUAGAAUUUUUAUGAAAAUUAAAUGAAAUUUCGUUAUUAGAAAAUGAUUUUAGGAACGAAUGGCUCAAAAAAUUUAGAAAAAAUACUGAAAUUGAAAAUUUAAAAUCUAACUUUAAGGGAAAAAUAAAAGAUUUUAAAAAAUGAUGUUUAAAUCGCAAAAACAACAAAAACACUUUUAAGUCCUCAGAAAAUGAAAAAAUCGUAAGUCUUCUUAAUAAGCUGAGCUUAAUUUCUGAACUAACUAAAACCAAUUUCGAGGCAAAAUAUUUUUUCCAAAUCAAAAAUAAUAAUCUUCUUAUAUAUUCUCCAGAGACCCAAAGAGAAUGUAUAAUUUAUUUUACAUUGUAUAGAAAUAAUUUCGUAAAAGAAGCUCAGGUAGUCGCGCUCCCUAAUAAUGAAAUUUUUUGUCUAUGGAAUUACAAUCUUGCAUGCAAAAUUAAUCUAAAAACUUUAAAAGUUAUAAGAAUGUUUCCUCGUUACAGAGGCUCCCGCUAUUACCCACUAAUAUAUUAUGAUAAUUGUGUUUACGCUUUUGGAACAACGAAAAUUUUCGAAAAAUAUGAUUUAAUUAAAAAUCUAAAAACAACACUGCCAAAGCAUUGUAUCCAAGAAUCCUCUGAUUUUUCCUGCUGUGUGUAUAAAAAUUCAAUUUUAUUUUGCGCUGAGUUAAGCUUGAGAUUAUUUAAAUUUGAUUUUUUAAUUCAAAGUUAUUCAGAAAUUUUAUUUAACGGAAUGGAUUCAUUAUCUCGAAAAAGAAUUUUUACUGGAAAUAUGAGGGCUUAUAUAUAUGACGAUAGGAAAGGAAUUUUCGAAAGUGGAAUUGAUAAUGAGUAUGUCUGGAAUAGAAUUAGUGAAAAUAUCAAUAUAUUUUAUAUAGAAGAAAUUGAUCAAAGUAUUGCUAAUUCGGUAUAUUUUUAUUUAAUAGAUAAUGAAGACUCGAUGGAUAUAUAUAAAUUUGAUCUUUGCAAUAAGCAGCUUUAUAGGGAAAGUACUAAAAAUUAUAUACAAGAUUUUCAUUAUAGAAGGUUGGCAAUUUACUAA